AGUGGAAAACCAGAAGUAAUUCGAUGAGUCAAAGGGUUACAAAUCCAGAGACUUCUGAAGAAUAUUACAUUUAAACCAACGUAUUAUGAAAUGGCAGUUGUUUUUGUAGAUUAUAAACGUGCUUAGGUAUCUGUUCGUCUUUGAACUUGACAGCGUUGAAUUCUAGGAAGUUUGGAAUUCCUGUUGAACCUCUAGAAUGCCCCGAUAUCUUCCUUCGGUGUUGCAAAAUUUUUUUUCCGAAUUCCACGAACGUGAACUGGGAGUGGCGUCCUUCAGCUCCUGUUUUCGUUAUUCUGUACCGAAAGCUCGAAGCAUAGUUCGCUGGUAUCGUUCAUAGCGAUGAGUUCGGGAAAUCCAAUGCUAGAUUUAACCUACGAUGUUGAUGGAGUGAAUGUACCGGAUGUGCCUGACCGAAACAAUGAAGCGUCGCACGGUUUGCAACUGCAAACGACGCGCGACCAGGACCACACGCAACUGCAGCAACGCGAUCAUCUACAACUGUUGCAACUGCAGCUGCCACAGAGGGACCACGUGGGCCCUCAGCAACUGCAACAACGGGACAGGGACCAGUUGCAGUAUCAGCAACGAGACAGGGAGCAAUUACAUCGCGACAAAUUGCAACAGCAACGUGAUCGCGACCGCGAACGGGAGCAUCUCCAUCAGUUGCAGUCGAUCAACAACUUGUUACUGGACUUGCCGCCGCCGGCUAACUUUCAAGGAUAUCCGCACGACAAGUCACGCGCGCAACCUAAAAAAGGCAACAAUAUUGAUGGAGACAUGUCGAUUUCGGAUCUAUUCGGGCUAGGUUUACCUCGGGGAUCGUUGAUGAACAGCCAGUCAACGGCUGCAUCACCCGGCUGCCAUAAUUAUCAAUAUCAGGCUCGCAAUCAGGGAUCCUCUCAGCAUUAUCAGCAAUGCGAUGAUAGGAAUGGAAUGUGCUCGAAUUCCCUGAUGUUGGAUGUACCAAGCUCGCCUAGUUCUAUCAGUACACCUGGUAGCCCUAGCACACCCGGAAGUCUGUACUCUAAUCCAUAUUCAUACUCGUCUAUGAACAGUAGCAAUCAGACAGCAUCAUCUCCAACUAGUAGAGGAUCCAUGCAGCAGAUCGGUUCACCGUCGUCCCCUCUUCAUUCUCCCUAUUAUGGGAGAUCUAUUCGUGGUUCUCCCCCUUAUAGCGACUGCAGUAGUCCUACAUUUGAGUACUCUCAUAUGAUGGGUUGCAAUAGUUCAAGAUCAAAUUCACCAGCGGACUCAGAAACAAGUGGAAUAAGUAGCAUGGAUGGUUCUCUAUCCGACAUAAUGAAUUGCUUAUCAUUAAAUUCAUCAUCGCAUGGAUGUUACCCUCAGUCUCUGAGUUCGUUGAUAUCACCGGAAGUGGAUUUAUGCACGAACAACAGAGCAGCUGCGUUUCAACGUAUGGCGGUGAAAAAGUACUUGGCUCCGGCCCAUCAGAAUUCUUCGUCGACCCAUCAUCAUCAUUCGCACGGACAUAAUCGUGGCCAUCACUAUGGGUCGAAUCAGAACAAUGGUUUUCUCAAUUCUCUAUUGUCACAUGAGAAAAAUUGUUGCUCUUCCGGUAAUCAUAUGAUGCCACCGAAUUCACCGCCGAUUAAUAUUUUAAAUCCGCAACUCUCUCUUGAACGUGUAGCCCGAUUUCAUCGAAGUGCCGCUGCACUUUGUGAUCCAACUUGCACUUGGAGCGGUAUAUUGCCUCAACGUACUCAGAAACCGUCGGGUUAUUCGUCUAAGGUAUUUCUUGGUGGGGUACCUUGGGACAUUACCGAAUCCCUUUUAAUUGCAACUUUCAAGCAGUUUGGUCAAAUACGAGUGGAAUGGCCAGGAAAAGACCAAUCCACUGCUCAACCCAAGGGAUAUGUAUAUAUCAUAUUUGAGUCUGAAAAACAGGUGAAAACCUUGUUGGCGUGUUGUACACACGAUUUUACCAACGGUGGUAGUUGGUAUUAUAAAAUAUCUUCUAAACGUAUGAAAGCAAAAGAGGUUCAAGUAAUACCGUGGAUUCUAGAAGAUAGUAAUUAUGUAAAAUCUUCUUCGCAAAAACUUGAUCCUCACAAAACAGUAUUUGUUGGCGCUCUUCACGGUAUGUUAACAGCUAGUGGUUUAGCGAAAAUUAUGGACGAUCUGUUCCGUGGAGUUAUUUAUGCAGGUAUUGAUACCGACAAACAUAAGUAUCCGAUAGGAUCUGGUCGUGUUACGUUUAGUACAAAACAAUCAUACAUGAAAGCAAUUUCAGCUGCUUUUAUAGAAAUAAAAACUGCCAAAUUUACGAAAAAGGUGCAAGUUGAUCCGUAUUUGGAAGAUUCUAUGUGUUCUGAAUGUUCAGUGCAACAAGGACCUUACUUUUGUCGUGAAGUGAUUUGCUUCCGAUAUUUCUGUCGUAGUUGUUGGCAGUGGCAACACUAUAUGGAAUCAAUGUGGCACCACAAGCCUUUAAUGCGUAAUUCAAAAACAAACCAAGUAGUUGGAUUGUCACCGAAUUUGAACUCUGGAUCUCGUGGAAUGAAUAACUCCACAAUUUAAGUACAAUCGCCAAGCUUUUCUUUCAUAAUCACACAUUCACUUUUUUUUGACUAUUAGUUUUCACACGGACGUUGCGCUUACUGACAGGGUGCAAACUUAGUUUUUAUCCCAUAGCAGCGGGUAGCUGGUUUGACGAUAUACAUAAAAAUACCGUAUACACCAGCUGAUCGGCGAACGCAACGAUUUCUUUAUUAUCGUUAUUAUCACGUACGUCCGUGUCAUAGAGACUAAUUAAAAGAUAAAAAUCGUGUUUCCUGAAAAAGUUCCUAUUUCGAACGCGGUAACCACCACGUUCAACAAACAGUAUUUUUAUUUAGUAUGUUUACUUAGGGGACUGGCUCUCUAGUUGAUCGUUUUAUUACGAAGAAUUAUAAUUGUGCCAUUAAGUAAUGUGUCACAUUAUACGGCAAUUAUGCAACUGUGCAUUUAUAUUGAAUUCAUGUGAGUUCAAUUGUGGCUUUUAUAAUGGAAAUAAUUUUUAUGCGAUAAAAAUAAGAAGCCACUCGACUGUUAAGAAAGGAAAAAAAAGAAAGAAAGAAAGGCUAAGUUCCGUGAUCUUCCAUGAUCCAUAAAAUACAAUGCGCCGCUAUAAUAAUCUAUAGGUGAAAUAUUACGCUUAAUCGUAAAUUAUUCGAUGAUAUUAGAUUAUUGUAUUGUUCUAGCGGCAGAAGGGAUGAAUAAUUCAAUUAUUAUUUUUCGCGAAGAACGUAUUUAAUUUGAUAUAACCAAAGCGAUGACUUUCUAUUGAAGUACUAUCUAAAACUCAAUCCGUUCUUCUGUUUCAAAGUUUAUCGAUGAUAUUGCCCAUCGUUAUAGUUUUACGUUAGAUUGUACAGUGUAAGGGUACUGCCAAAACGGCCACUGUAAUCAUAAUUUAUAAUCUUAGUGAAAGUGCUAAGCAUUUUGCGAGCUUUCGUUCACAGGGACUGUUUAACUGUUGACGAAAUGGAAAAGUACAUGGUCUACGAUUCUGGAGCGGAUUGUAGUGAAUUGAUUCUGUUUUUAUUUUUUGUUACGAUAUUAUGUUAUGUAUUUUUCUUUCAACAACAUUUCUAUAGCAUUCUAAUCGUGUUUCUAAUGUUUUGAUAUCAUUUUGUUGAGUGAAUUAAAAAUCAUAUUUUUGCAGAUAGACAUUCAUUGUCGUUUCUCUUUUUCUGUUUCAUGAUUACGUUUCUUUUUUUCUUUUUUUUUUUUUGAAUCGUUAAACAGAUUGAUUUUGUCGAGCGAACCUGCCCUUUCCAAGCUCCUCACCUUAAAAGCAUGUGUUUAUGCAAAGUGCUUAAUAUUAAAUGUUAUUACAUUAUAAGAAUCUGAUGAACACAUAGUAUUAACAAAAACCAUAAGUUAAAGAUUAACAAUACAAAUCAAUCAGUAUCGAUUUUUAUCUUUUUUAUUUUUCGUUUGGUUUUCAGAUCGAUUUAAAUUAUAGUAUUUUAUUUAAAUUAUAAAUUAAGCGUUUAUUUGUACGUAACAUGAAAAUAUUAUGUCAUGUUAUUCGUUUCACUACAAAUUCAUUACAUUAUAUGUUAUUACUGGUGGAUGUUCCAAACAUGAAGUUAUAUAAAAAUUAAGAUUUAAAAUUGAAAAUGCAUAUAAUCAACAAGUUACUCUGCUAUAUUAUUGGUUGUAUCUAACAAGUGUUAAAGAAAGGGAAGAAUUAAUCAUAUUUCCAAAUCAUUGAAAUUUUGCUUGAUUUAAAAAAGUGGAACAAAUACAAAAAAUAUAUCGUGUUAUAACAUCAAAUAUAAUUAACAAAUAACAUGAUUACUAUAUACAUAGGAUGAUACCCAUAUGAAGUGCUUUAAUACAACAUACAAAAUAAUAUAUAAAUAUAUAUUCUACAGAAGCUUCGAAUGUAUCCAUAAAGUUUUUAGUUAAAAAACCGGAUUGCUAUG